UCUAGAAGUCAGAGAGGAGGAGGAGGAGGAGAUCUGCCGGGAGCUGUCAGUGCUGAGCGCAGAAUGAUUCAGAUUUUGGAGCCACGUACUCUUCCCCGGUCUAUUAUGCCGGUUGAUGUUGCAGUAAGGAUAUGCCUAGCACAUUCACCUCCUCUAAAGAAGUUUCUAAGCCCCUAUGAUGACUGCAGGGGCCGGAAUCUUGUCAAUCGUUUUAAGCCACUUAGGCCAUGCAUUUCCUUAAAAAAGGAAUCUGAUUCCAGGAACGGUGAGUGGAACCGGUCGAAAUCCCGAGCCAAAAAGAAAGUGGUCUUUGCUGAUUCCAAGGGGCUCUCGUUGACAUCUGUGCAUGUGUUCUCAGAGUUUAAGGAAGAGCCUGACACUGACCUCCAGUUUGAUCUGAUUGACCUUGAAGGCAUCACAGCCAGCUUAAAACUACAUGAAAAGAAGAACUUGGUCCUGGGAUUCACUCAACCCUCAGCUGAUUAUUUGCAGUUCCGCAAUAAAAUUCAAAAGAACCUAAUUUGUUUGGAGAACUGCAGUCUUCAGGAGAGAUCCAUUUCCGGAACCAUCAAAGUAAAAAAUCUGAGCUAUGAAAAAAAGUCAAGGCGCGAGUAACCUUUAACACCUGGAAAACCUACACAGAUUUAGGCUGUGUCUAUAUGAACAAUGUGUAUGGGGGCACAGACUUCGACACCUUCUCGUUUGCAGUAGAUAUUCCUCCCAGCAUUCCCAGCCAUGAGAAAAUUGAGUUCUGCCUGUCAUAUGAAUGCAAUGGCCAAGUGUUUUGGGAUAACAAUGAUGGACAAAACUACUCUAUAAUCCGUGCAGAAUGGAAAUCCGAUGGUGUGCAUAUCCAUUCGCUUACAAAAACAGACAUAACCUCUUACAAAUUACAAAACCACCAACCUGAAAAUGACUUGGAUCAAUUUGGAACACCCAAAACAUCCAUGGGUCUCUAUCCUGAGUGGCAAAGUUGGGGUAAAAUAGGGAACACCUCACCUUACUGGUGA